AUGGGGGCUCCUGUGAAUCUGAGGAGACACCAGACCCUUGAUGAUAUGAAAAGAGCAUCAACAACAUUUUCUGACAGCAGGCCGAACUGUUUGGAUGAUUGUGAUGAAGAUGCUCAUGCUGCCUCAAAAUUCAACCAAGAGUCUGCUUCACAUGCAGAGCAUAUGCAGCAGAUUUGGGAAUCAAAGGAAGGUAGGAGAAUAGUUUUUGACAGACCAAACUUUGAAGAGAGCCAGAAAUCCAGCACCUUCUGUAUCAAAUAA